GAAGUCAAGCCUGAUCGGACUCGCGGCCGUGAACCUUUGCUCGAGCUUGCAAGCUAUAUGAUGAAAGCAUGCGCCAUGAUGUCAACAUAGACGUUUGCUACUGUAUUUGCUGGAGAUCAGGCGGUAUUCACGUCGUGCUAGUCGAUUUGACGCACGUGAACACAGCGACGCGUAUGGAUCCUGCAGCAGGCUUCCCCAUUCCGAUCAUCGAGUACACUCUGUCCAAGCCAGGGCAAGCCAUCAAGUUUCUGCUGGAGCAACAACAACGCAACAUGCCACUGUGGGAUGAACCAAUGUCCAGUGACCCGAUCUCAGGGAGCGGCAGCCGAGGCAGUACAGCCUCCAGCCUGGUUGUGUCAUUGAGCGAAGGGGAGCAGCAGUUGAUGAAUGUGACGAAUCUUCACGGCAACACCACUUUUGCGGGGCAGCUUGCUCUCAAGGGCGAUAACACUCGCGUCGUUGUCAAAUUUUCGGACGGCAAGUACUACGGUCAGAUGGAGCAGCUUGUUCGGGAGGGCAUGGCACUGGCUCUUCUCGGUCGCGCUGGUGCGAGCGAGCACAAUCUCCCCGUGCUGCUGAGCUUCUGUGAAGCCACUCUCAAUGACACCAAGGGCUUUGCGCUGGUGACUCAUUGCCUGUCAGGCACGACCCUCGAGUGGUGGGCUCACCAAGCACACGCUGAAGGUAUCUGCGCAAAGUUGCGCGAGACCCUGCAGUGGGUGCAUUCGCAAGGCAUUGUUCACGGUGACAUCCACAGAGGGAAUGUGCUGGUAACGAUCAUGCCUCCGUCGCCUCCACGAACCGACCAAUCUCAAUAUCAGCAACAAGUCUCCGUCUCCGUCGCGUUGAUCGACUUUGGUCUGUGCUGCUUCCGCCCAGAGAUUGCGACCCCACAGGUCGUCAAAGUGGCGCUCGAAGCUGCACCCGUCACAGCUCCCGUCCUCGCUGAGCUCAAGUCGACGUGGCUUGGACGUGUCGCCGGUAACUCGUGGGACAUCUGGCCUGGGCACUUUUACGCCAUUGCGAGGUCGAAGCACUGUUGCACGCCGCGGGCCGACUUUCUCAGUCUGAGUCUACUCAUGGUGGCUGGGUGCACUGGCGGCUCGUUGCAGCUCCAAUUCCAGCUGUACUGGCCAGAGGAUGUCGAAAGGUCCGAGAGCGAGCGGAUGAAACGCGCGCUGCUUCGUGAUCGGACUGGAAGUCUCGCUCGGUUGAUGAAAUCGCGUGGAGGCGUUCUGCGUGAAGUUUGCACCACUCUUGAUUCCGCCGAGGCGCCCGAGGCAAUGGUUUAGUCAUGUCCACCCCUUUCCUUCCACCCAUCUUUACUCCUUUCAUACAGUCAGGUUGGGCACGCGUCGCCUCAACUGUUGAACUUGUCAACGCGUUGACUUUGCUCCUGCCGUGCAACCAUUGCCCCGCCUGUUCAAAUAAUAAACAAACAUGUCGCAUGCA